GCAAAAGGGAGAAUUCAAGAACAUAUUUCUCUCCUGCAUUCUUAUAAUGAGAUUAAAGAUAUUGGGAUGGGAUUGUUGGGGAUGUUGGCGGAAGGGAGGGGGGUGAGAGUGAAGGAUUUGAUGGGGGAGUUUGGGAUGGGGGAGAAGGAUUGA